CCCCAUGGACUUCGACACGGCCAGCCAGAGCCUCUCGCCCAGCGCCGCCUCCCAGCAUCCCAACCUCAGACUCCCUGCCACUUGCGAUCCGCCGUCGGAGCACAAUCCGCCGAAGCAGGCCUCAUGGAUCGUCUUCGGUGCAACCGGACACAUGGGGCGCUCCCUCGUUCGGGCGGUGCUCUCCCACGGUGACAGAUGCACCGCCGUGGGCUGGACGCAGGAGAACACCAUGGAGCAAAUGCAAAAGUGGCAGGAUCGAAGCUGCCUGGGCUUGCUCUGCGAUGUGCGCAUAAGGGAGACGGUCGAUAUGGUCAUCAAGCGGAGCAUAGACCACUGGGGUAGUAUCGACAUCAUAGCAAACUGCACCGGUUACGGCGUGAUUGGAGCCUGCGAAGACCAGGAUGACUAUGACCUCCGCAACCAGUUCUGCACCAACUUCCUCGGCACCCUUCACAUCAUCCAACUCUCCCUCCCACACUUCCGCCAACAAAACCAUGGCCGCUACCUUAUCUUCUCCUCCACCGCAGGUGCCCUCGGCGUCCCGGGUCUGGGACCCUACUGCGCGACCAAGUACGCCGUAGAGGGGCUGAUAGAGUCCAUGCUCUACGAAAUCGACGUCUUCAACAUCAAAGCCACGCUCAUCGAACCAGGCCACAUCCGUCUCGACGAGCCGGACGACGUGGUCGUCCCACAACCGCAACCCACAACCAUCACCAGCGCUCCCAACCAUCUUCCACUCCGACCCAACGCCACCAGUCCUGCCGCUGCCAUCACCGCCUCGGGACCGCCCAAACCGAAACGCUACGGCCACUUCUGGGUCAAGCCCAACCCGAGCCCGCCGUACGCGCCGCUGAGCAGCCCCGCGAGGCACGCGAAGCGUAUGGUGCAGUGGCUGAAUGACAGGCAGCCCGUCAGUGCGGUCAAGAGCGCCGAACUGGUUUGGCAGCUCGGACACUGCAGUUAUCCGCCCCUGAGGCUGUUGCUGGGGAGUUAUGCAGUGGACAGUAUAAGGGAUCGGUUGAGGAGUAUCAUCGAGGAGAUCGAGGACUGGAAACACCUCUCAUUCCCCGUCGCCCCUUCUGCCGAGGAUGAGGAGAAGAACAACGCCGAGGAGGCGUCGUCGUCCAAGAAGGCUGCCACGGAGCAACAAGAGGGCGAGGAAAUGCAAGAGGCGGAAUGAGACGACAGACAGGCAGCAGGGCGAGGUACGUUCAAGGCGAUCAAGACGAAAGCCCGACGACAAAGCGUUCACGUCCUUGGCGUUGGAGCGAAGUGGACUGGAGAAAAGUGCAAGCAAGCACUCUGGGCUAGGCUUGGACGCGUUCAGAGCGUGCAGGGUCAAGCAAGAUUGCCGUGUCUGUACCUUUUCUAGUCCAUGUAGCAUCAAUGCAACAAACUGGUGGCAUAGUCAUGGACCAUCACAGCCGUCACAG